ACCAACAGCAACAGCGAUAGCAACAAGAGCAGCAGCAGCAACAGCGAAGUCCGACGAAACCUUCUCAUCCUUCUCCUGCGUCGCUUCUCGUGCGAUCGUCUGCCUCGACCUCUCUCUCGCGCGUCGCCGCAGCAACCAUGGUCUGUGUCUCCUGCAUCGUCAUCCCCUUCAUGCUCUGGUUCUUUCACAAGUACCUGCAGCCGUGGCUAGGCAAGUACAUUCCCUGGCUGAAGCCGGCCGCGCUUCCAGCGGACGGCGCCGCCGACGCCGCCGCGCCGGCCGACGGACAGAAGAUGAAGUGUCCCUUCUCGAAGAAGAAGGAGGAUGGGGAGGAGGAGGAGGAGCCGGGGAAGGCGGGAGUCACCGAGAACGGGUCGACGGCGAGGGAGGAGGUCGCUGUCGUUGACAAGAAGAACGAUUAGUUUGCUCUCUCCGCAUUCUCCCGAUGCCACCGCCGCCACCAAUGACAAUGUGGGACUGAUUUCCUCUACUGUGCACGCCGAGCUAGAGUUUUCUCUGGAGUAUUUCCUCUUUACUCUGCAGUGGAAUGUUACUGUGCUGGCGUCUACGGGGGAGGGAAGGUUAAGAAGAUGAUGCUAAGUUGAUAAGAUGAUAAGAUGCUAAGUUGAUAAGAUGCUAAGAUGAUGUGGGACUGAUUUGCUCUACUGUGCACACCGAGCUAGUGUUUCCUCUGGAGUAUUCUGCAGUGGAGUAUGACUGUGCCGGCGUCAGCAGGAGUGGGGAUGCUGAGAAGGAGCACUUUCUGCAGGUCCGAGAUAGAGAUUUAUCGAUGGCGUGCUGUGAUGAUGUUUAAUGUGAACAGAUGUCAGUUUACACCGUGAGUCGUGCACCAUGGCAUCUCGGUUGUGAACCCUGAGGUGCUUCUUCUAUCUAUCGUGCACAAUGUUGGAACUGUGUUAGCUGCAAACGGCAAUGCACACUCGUUAUAUGUAAGGAUCCUUGUAAUUACGCUGUAUGUCGUUAAUUUGCGUGUGUACAGCGUGUUGUUUUUGUUGUUUAUCACGUAAUGCAUGGUUACUGUUUUGGUGAUUAGGACAAUAAUUUUUGAAAAGAAUUUUUAGUGCUGUAAGCGAACUAAUUAAUGAGGAAAUUCAGGAAUAUAUUAUCAUAUAUUUGGUAUUAAGUAAGAUAAAGCACGUGUCAGUUGAUGUGAUUCUAGAAAAAUCGACACCUUUUUGCGCAACCAUACAAUUGUAAAUCAAGAGCUAAAAAUACGAUGUAUUUUUAGCUCUUGAUGAAAUGAUUGUAGUAAUAUCAGUGUAAAAUGUAACGUACUGUUACCACAGUAACCUCAGUAAUGGGUUGGAAUUAGAUGGCGUUUUCCUAGUAUAGAGUAUAAACUUGGUGGAACACACGACACACUGCCAUGCCAUUUUCUUAGUAUUUCUAGGGCCCUGAAAUUUAAUCGGACUUUUAAUUUUCUUUCUUAGACUUGUCAAGAAAUCGGUUUGACCUGUGCCAAUUAAUGAUGUGUUAUAAUAAAUGGUAAAUGGCCCUUCACAUCAAAAAUCACAUUCAA